CGAGUUGCUGCGAUCGGCUACAGCUGUGACAAGUGCCGCCGAACAGUGCCCGGAAGCAGGUGUAGCGGCGAGAGCGGCGAGCAGAGAGGGCCCCGCGGAUGUGCCCUUGAUGGCGGCGGUGCCAGUGUAGGUGCAGGUGAUUAAUAACAGUGCCAUCGAAGGUGCCGGCGAUGCGACUGGGAUUACUGUGAUUGGAUAAUGAGGCUGCUAAUGAGGCGGCGUGCGGGGGGCUGGCGCCGAGCGCGUGUCCUGGGCGGCGAGGGAGUGAGCGGCGGCGUCGCGCGCAGUGUGAUGGGCGCGUCAGGCGGGGGCGGAACGCGCGGCCGCGCCUGAACAGGUCGGCAGGAUCGCUAUUGGUCCCGUAACGGGCGCCAUGGGCGGCCACUGCAGCAAGGCUCCGCACGCAGGCCGCGAGAACUGGCUGCUGUCCACUCCGCCCUCGCGCGCCCCGGGGGACCCUCGCCUCAAGACGCCGACGGCGCCCGGCGCGCUCAGGACAGCCAACCUGUUGCACAGGGUGCGCGUGGCGCCCUGCGACCUCGCACAGAUGCGGGUCACCGAAGGCCCGGCCGGCGUCGCGCUCCAUCCUGUGUGCGCUUGCGGGAAGUUCCAGGGCUGGUGCGGCCCCUCGGCGCGGCGCGGCGGCGGGGACGUCGAGCCGGACUCCCUCGAGCCCGACGGCGAGGAGCCCCGGCAAUGCACACACGCCGCCGCCGCCGCCGCCUCCUGCUGCUGCUGCCUCCUGCCUGCGCCGGCGCCCUGCGAGCCCUCCCCGUGCCACGCCGCGCGCCCUGCGGUGCCACGCGUAACGUUGGUAAACGGACUUGACCGCCGACGGGAGUGCGCGAGGGAGGCGCGGAGGAAGGCCAGGGCGGAGUACGACCGCAUGAGGAAGGGCUUGAAGGCAGAAGUGUCGAGGGCACGAGACGGCGGCAGGGUCCUGCCUCUGCAACAGGAACUGCCGUGUGCAUCUUGCGCCGCGCGCCGUCCGCACACAGCCCCUGCGGAAGCCACUCGGACGGAGAGGCGCCUCCGCUGUGUGUCGGCGAGCCUCGAGGCGCCCAGGUGCCAGGCGGCGAACCCCCUCGCCGAGCCGGUGCCCGAGGCGGCCCUGCGCAGCCGCUCCUUCUGGUGGGACAGCUACUUCAGCAGCUUUCUACGGACAAUCCAGGACCCAGCGAGCCAGAGACUCACCUGGUACAAGCCCCCCCUUUCGGUGUUGGUCAUCAAGAAGGUCCGGGACGCACAGGUCAUCCAGCCGUUCAUCCAGCUGGUCAAGUGGCUGACCAUAGAAAAGCGAAUGCUAGUGUUUGUAGAAGCCUCAGUCAUGGAAGAGUCGCUGGUCACCAGCCACUCUGGUUUCCCGGUGCUGAAGGACAAGCUCAUGAGUUUCCGAGAGGGCCAAGAUGACCUCACAGACAAAAUUGAUUUCAUCAUUUGUUUAGGCGGUGAUGGCACUCUCCUCUAUGCCUCGUCACUCUUCCAGCAAAGUGUGCCACCAGUCAUGGCCUUCCACCUUGGGUCCCUGGGUUUCCUCACUCCCUUUAAGUUCGACAAUUUUCAGGAUCAGGUCACUAAUGUCCUUGAAGGCCACGCAGCCCUGACCUUGAGAUCGCGCCUGAGAUGCAUCAUUCUUCGCAAAGACCAAGAGACGGGCAAGGGUGGCUGUCCCCCCACAAACCUCUUGGUGUUGAAUGAAGUGGUCAUCGACCGUGGACCCUCACCAUAUCUCUCCAACAUUGACCUCUACCUUGAUGGCAAGAGAAUCACAUCAGUACAAGGAGAUGGCUUGAUUGUAUCAACUCCUACGGGUAGCACAGCCUAUGCUGUGGCCGCUGGAGCCUCCAUGAUCCACCCCUCGGUGCCAGCCAUCAUGGUGACCCCCAUCUGCCCUCACUCCCUCUCCUUCAGGCCCAUUGUUGUGCCAGCAGGAGUCGAGCUCAAGAUCAAGUUGAACUACGAAGCUCGCAACACAUGCUGGGCUUCAUUUGAUGGCCGUCACCAGCAGGAACUGAUGGUUGGAGAUAGUCUCAGAGUGACCACCUCCAUAUAUCCUGUUCCCUCAAUCUGUGCAGAGGACCAGAUUGCCGACUGGUUUGCAUCUCUAGAUGAGUGUCUUCGCUGGAAUGACCGCAAGCGCCAAAAGCACUUUGAUGAUCCAGAUGACCUAUCCCCCCCCGACCUCACUCCAGACCUAACCCAUUCCUCAAGCUCAGAUACUCUGGACUCGCUCAGUGAGAGAAACGAAGGCUUUGAUAAUUAGGCUGGUCCAAUGUGGAAGGGAUCAUGAACAGAAGAUGCACAUAGCACUAGUGAAUACGAGAAAAGUGACUUUGUGGCAGUGCAUGAACUGCGUUUCCCUGACUGAUGUAGUGUACAUUCAUGUCAAGUGCUCAUUCCUCAAAGUGCUGUAUUAUUCUCAAAUUAGAAGAUAUAUAUAUAAAAAAAUGUUUGCACACUUUUUAACAUAUUUCAUCCAUGUGGUCUCAUAACUGUAUCAUCACAUAAACUGUUAUUUUGUCUUGACAUUCUUGUUGAUAUGUGAGGAUGGUUCUCAUUUGCUAAGGGUCUCAGCAGCAGUUGUUGUUUCACAGAAGAAAAGAAAACACAUUUUAUGAUGAAAUUUCACUAGUGCCAGCAGUUACUGAACCAGCUUUUUAGGUCUUAUGUUACCUGUCUUUUAUACUGUAUAUUUGUUUAAUAAUUUAUUUAUUAAAGUUUAAAAAGAAUCAUCAAAAUCUUAAUAAGAUGAAUAUGUUGUCGACACAUAAAGACUAUUGAUACUUUUAUAUUUUAUUUUUCUAAGUCUGUUAUCAUGUAUUUUGACAGUGUGAACACAUGGAUUUACAUGAGAAUUUUUUCAGUGAAAGAAAACAUGUCCUGUAAUCUUUCAGUUUUUAAAAUAGCAUAUUGGGUUGACUUGCCAAAUGACUAAGACAAAAAUAACUUUGGUUAUACUUUGAUUUACACUUAUGUCCUUUGUAGGAAAUAAAAUGAUUUAUCAGUUACAAGAAUGUUAAGUUUUCAGUAAAUGUAAUGUUGAAUUAUCAUCAGUACCGAGUCAAUUCAGGAGGUUUAUAGUGAAAAUUCCAUACAGUAGAUUGCCUGUUGUAUCAAAACUUGUGUGAUUUGGUCUUUAUGUACUGAAUUCCAAACUCCUUUUAAGAUCACUUUAUUGGGAAUCAUUUUUCCACUAUUUCUUUUUCUCUUUUGAACUCCUAAGGAGGCCAUGCAUCAAGUUGGUGCUGCAAACAUCAGUUGUGAGAUGUAGUGUAUACUUUAUAGUUUUGGAGUACAAUACUGAUAUGCCAAACUGUUGACUAGCAUGUCAUUAACUCUUGGUCAUUACCUCUCUCAAUAGGUAGUCCUUGUAUGUGCAAAUUGAUAACUGGAAUGGAUGAGUAUAUUCAGAUCUCGGAAGGUACUAGAUUUUGAUCAGGUAUAGGUAAUGAAUGUAUUAGGAUGCACAAGUUGAAACUGGUCCUUAGUUACAACUGUCUAGAUGUCCAUUCUUGGGUUUUAAGGUAUUUAUAUAAAACGUAUAUUCAUAUUAAACAUGUAUGAGAUUCAGAGUAUUGUUGAGAUAAAAUGAACAGAAAUUAUACAGAUUUUCACAAAAGGUGGUUAUGUAUCCAUUAAAGUUUUGUGUUGCAACUUCACAAAAUUCAUUGAGGUUCACUAAAGUUAGAAGGCUCCAUUAAGCAGCAAAUCAUUUUUAUGUUCAAAUCUGUUCAAUUUAUGCAAAAUACAAUCCAUGGCAGCGUCCUUGUUUUGAUAGAACACAAGACACUCUCAUGAAUCCUUCCACAUAUAAGUGUUGCCUUGAGCAGAAACACAUAGGAGUUCUGUUUGAUAUAGUGAGUAAGUCAUCACCGUUCUCUCAAAGUGUAGCUCAGGUUUAAAAUUGCCAUGUUUUGUCUGUUUCAUAUUAAGAAUGUAAUGAGCGUUGUAUUGUGGAACAAGUCACUAAGUGUAUGUAGCAGUUUUGGAUAAUUUAACAGUAGUAUCAGGAAGUAUUUUCAUAAGGUUUCAUCAUCAUCAUCACCACAAAAAUUAGGCCUUCCUAAUGAUACAUGGGUAAUAUCAUCUUUUUCUUUAUUUUCCUCUACCCUUUCUCCAAGAUACUAUGCAAAAGUUUCUAGAUUAAAACUUAAAAAGCACUUAAUGUACCUUUUCAUAAUAGUAACAGGAAGUAUUGGUAACUGAAAAUAUUUAAUAGCACAAUAUAUUGAAUUCAGCAUUGCUCUGAAUUAACCUUUAUUUGUUUUAAGAUAGUUUUCAGUCAGUUGAUGGUACUGCACAGUUCUAAAAGUGUGGAAUAUUCUAUUAAGGCCAUAUUUAUAUCUGUUGAUGUACAGUAAUCUUUGUGCAGAGUAACAUUAUAAUUGUUUGGAGCACAUUCUGCCCAGAGCAUAUUGCUGGGAUCUGUUCCACUUAGUGUACUACCUGUAUGAUCAAAAUAUUGUUUAUUGUUGCCUGCAAAUGUUUAGUAUAGAAUUUCUAUCAAAAUAGGAAUAUUAUUUAGCAUACUUUUAGGUUUCCAAGAUCAUUGAAUGUUAUUAGAUUUACAUAAAAAUUAUAUACUUCUUACAAGCCACAAGUGUUCAGUGGAUAUUUUAUUUAUAUAUUUUUGUUCAUACAUAUGUAUAGGUGUGUAAAUAUAUAUAUAUAUAUAUAUAUAUGUAUAUAUAUAUAUAUAUAUAUAUAUAUAUAUAUAUAUAUAUAUAUAUAUAUAUAUAUAUAUAUAUAUAUAUAUAUAUAUAUAUAUAUAUAUAUAUAUAUAUAUAUAUAUAUAUAUAUGUAUAUAUAUAUAUAUGUAUAUAUAUACACACAUGCAUACAUAUCAUCUACUUUAUUACAUGGCAAAAUAGGUAUAUAUUUAGGUAAAUGUAUGCUGAAAUGAGCCGCUAAGCAAUGUAAAUGAACCAGAAGCUUUAAGUUUGAUAGGAAAUAGCAUGAAUGAAGUCCAAAACUAGUACACCUUUGUAUUACAGCAAUAACUUUAAUUUUCUUCUCAUGUAUUCAGAAUGGAAAGUAAGUGCCCUGGUUUUAUGUCUGCUCUUGUGUUAGUUCACUUGAUGAGCAUGCCUGAAAUAUUGCUGUGCAUUUCUCCUGAAUCAAGUGUUUGUGAACACCCAGUUAACAAAAUGUUUAGCCUCAAAUUUCAAUUAUAUAUUAAGCUUCAUAUCUUUUGGUAGAUGUUACUCUAGCAUCCUGUUUCUCACUCAGCCUCCAUUGCGGGACCAUAUACUGGAGUGGGUUGAGGAAUCCAUGAGAGAGAGGAGGAGGGGGUGGGAGGGGGGAGGUAUGGGAAUUUGAAUUAUUUGUAUAUCCAAGGAUUUGUCAGGCUUGUGUCUGACUUCAUGCUUCUGUCCUCAUGACUGUUCAAGGAGUGAAGGAAUGGAAUAUUUUCGGAUUACCUCCUUGUCAUUAUUAAUGGAGAUGAGGAAUGUUAGGUGGCACAAUGAAAUAGCAGCAUAAUUUUUCUCAUUUGUACUUUUUUAUGUACCUUCCACUGGUGCACAGAAUUUAACCAACUCUUCCGUAAUUGGUGAUAAUGCAGGGAAGGUCAGCAGUAGUACAAGGCCCCUUUGCAGCAGACAGAGCUACCCUAUUUUUGUACGGCCUCCUGUAAUAUUCUAGGCAUUACCCAGUUUCCAAAUAGAAAGCUGCUGAUAUGUCUGUUAUAAGUUUUCAGUUAUGUACAAGAAAUUUGAAUAUUCGCAGAUUGGUAAAAGUUAGUUAUAGAUGUUAUUAAUAAACUUAGAUUAUCCAAGUCAUACUUAUUAGUUAAAUAGUAUGUUUUUGUAACUGAUGUAAGUCUACUUUUUGUGCUGUUAAAAAUUUUAUGCUGUCAUGGUGCAUUAAAGACAAAAACAAAAGCAAAAAAAAAAGUACAGUUUUGGUGAAUAUCAGAAAGUUGGAAGUAUUAUAUCAGAAGGAAGUGCACAAUAUUUUACUCAUUUAUUUAUUUAUCAUUACUUUUUACUGAAACACAAACACUCCAAUGAAAACAUUACCCAUUAAAAUUAUCACAAGCAUUAAUUUCGAAAUACUGAAAUAAUUAAAUGUGCGUACAUCAGUAUAGCACCGAGACUCUCCACGUAUGCAUUUGCAGUAAUGUAUCAUGUCACAGUGUGUCAUUGAUUUCAUAAGUGGUUUUAUAAGAAGCAUUAAUGGUCACAAUCACUUUAGUGUUGUCAAACAUAUUGUCUUUCAGUAUUCUAGAAGAAAAAAACUAUAUUUUUUAUUCAAUAUGCAGAAUAAAAUUUAUAAGCUAACAUUCCAAAGCAUUUUGGCAGUAUCCAGGACUAAUGUUGAAUCUGUUCCAGUGUAACGAAAGAGUUUUUUAGAUUAUUAUUGCUUUUUGCUUGUUUUUUACUUAUUUGUUUUUAUUUUCUUUUUUUUUGUACAUACAAUUUCUAAGGUAGAGUGAGUCUAUGUAGAGGGUAGUGAAUUGUUGGGUCAGAGGUCAUUUUAUUAUUUAUUAAAAAAAUAUAUAUACAAA